UUCAUACUUAACUUGCCAGCCGUUGGGAAGGGAGGGGGGAGUCUCUCUGCAGUUCUUUCGCUCCUAGUCUGGGGUGGGAGGAGGCGUGGAAACGGCGUGCCCCAGUCAGGAGAGACAGCGGUCUCUCGUCGUUCCCCGCCCGGUGUUGAGAGGCGCUGCCUUGGAAGGGCCCUGAGGAAGGCAAUGACUGAGUACAAGCUGGUGGUGGUAGGAGCUGGUGGUGUUGGAAAAAGUGCCCUGACGAUCCAGCUUAUUCAGAAUCACUUUGUGGAUGAAUAUGAUCCUACUAUUGAGGAUUCUUAUCGUAAACAAGUAGUUAUUGAUGGAGAGACUUGUUUGCUAGACAUCCUGGACACAGCAGGGCAGGAGGAAUAUAGUGCCAUGAGGGACCAAUAUAUGAGGACUGGUGAAGGCUUUCUUUGUGUGUUUGCCAUUAACAACAGCAAAUCAUUUGCAGAUAUAAAUCUUUACAGAGAGCAAAUUAAAAGAGUGAAAGAUUCAGAAGAUGUACCAAUGGUAUUAGUGGGAAACAAAUGUGAUUUGCCAACACGGACAGUAGACACCAAACAGGCUCAUGAAGUAGCAAAGAGCUAUGGUAUUCCCUUCAUUGAGACAUCUGCCAAAACAAGACAGGGUGUUGAAGAUGCUUUUUACACACUGGUGAGAGAGAUCCGUCAGUAUCGAAUGAAAAGGCUCAACAGCAAUGACGAUGGGAAUCAAGGCUGCAUGGGGGUCUCGUGCCUUGUGAUGUGAUCAGCUGCUUGAAUCAUCCAACCAAGCUCAAAGUUGAAUCUUAAUUCCACUGUGUUGCAUUUCAUGAUGAUGCCUUGGCCAGUAUCAUGCAAGUUGCCAGUUGAUCAAUACUAAAACGUUCUAUCAGCACCAGAAGAUACUGUUUCUGAACAUCUACCUCUUUGCUCAGUUGAGCAUGCAAAGAAAAUCUCAUAUGUUAUGUGUGGGAUUUUUCACCUUUCUUGGGUAGGUUCAAACAGAGAAACUGAUUAUAUGGAACUGUAGAGGCCAAAUGCUAUGAAAAGAUAACAUCUCAUUUUCUGGAAAGAAGGCUGGAAUGAAUUGUGAUCAUGCUAUCCUGAAAAGCCAUUACAUAGCACUGUAUGGUAAUAUUAUGCUUGAUUUCCUAUACGCCAUUUUAAAACAGGAUAUUUGUCACAUUUCCUAUACUAUGUACAUAAAUAUUCCUAUAGUACAUUAAGUUAAUCACUCCUAGUCUGACCUCUUUAAUUCUGGCCUUUUUAUAACAAAAGGGAAAUUCUUUGAUUAUCAAGUGCCUCUUUACAAAGGCAAGCUAGACCUUAAGCCUUAUCAUGCAGGUUGCAGCUCUGGUUCCUAGCUGACCCAUCUUGAAUGUUUGAAGCUGACUCAGAUUAUUGGUCUGUGUAACCCAGUAUUAUCUAUGCUUGACUAAUAGUGGUUCAGUUUCUUAGCUUUAUUGUUUUAUCCUUCCUAAUUGGGCUUCCCAGUGUACUGAAUGUGGGAACUUCUGCAGAACAUAUUUACUAUCACUGGGCUUUAUCAUCAGAGUUCUUUGCAUCAUUGACUGAAAGGCACUUUGAGAUUAAGAUUCUCUUGAGGAAAUAGCAGUCAACUGCUAUUCUCCAUUUUUAAAUACAUUCCAUUUACCUUGUGCUUGAAGGUACUGAUGUUUCUCAUCAGGGCCACUUAUUAGCUGUGGAUACUGUCAACAGCAGUUACUCCAGUGUCAGUCAUAAAACAUGGCUGUAUGAAGUUUGUGUAGGAAAAAAGCUGUGCUAUCCCAGCUAUCUCUGCACUUCUAUUUUUAGUUAAAUUUUGACAUCUUUGUCAAGCACAGUGUCUUUACGCUUAACUAGUGAAAAAACAUAUUUAGGGAGCCAACUUCAUUAGCAUUAUUCAUUUUGAAAGCUCUCUCCAGGCUACUGCUGUGCAGUGAAACUAGAGGUGAAGAGCUAGGGUAAAAUGGAACUAGAGGAGUAGAGGAUGAACUUAAUUUUCCUGCUGCUUAAAAGUAGGAAUAAAUUGAUACUGUACAUUCAACCUUACAAACUAUGGAGCUGGAUUCCUCAGUAGCCUACAUACCUCUAUGAUAAAAGAAGAGGAGCUGUGAGUUUUCCUUUCUGUAAUGCUGGGAAGUAGUUGACUGAAUAGAUUACUAUUUAUAUGUUGUAUCUAAAAUCUGGUCCUGAUUCUCAUGUAUGUGUAUCAUCUCAUUUGCAACUAAGUGAGUGAACUGCCUUCAUCUGAAAGUAGAUGCCUAAAAUGAUGUGAGGUGAUAUGAAAGCUGUCUGUGGUGACUGUUUUACAUAUGCAGAUCUGGUUGAUGUGGUUAAUAUGUUUAUGAAUUCUAAGUUGAAGCACAGAAAUGACUUUAGUAGAAACUGAAUUUGUGGUCAUUAAGUGCUUUACUGGUUUACAAUAUUGCCAUUUUACUGCAUAAAUUCUAAGUUGGAUAGAAAACCACUAUCUAAUCCAAUCUAUUUAAUCACCAAGUAAGAAAGUUGGCAUAACAUUAUUUCCUAAAUAUAUAACUUAAUGGAUCAUUUCAGACAUACUUUAUCUGAAGCUAAUCUCAUACUGCAUUACAUAGGGCCAUACAAUAAUAGAUGUGUUAAUAUGCUUUAUUGCUGGCUAAUAUGUUAAUAUUAAACCAAGCAUCACAGAGCUCAUUUUCUCAAGAAACUGAUGUCACCUGAGCAAUAAAUUGAUAUGUUUAAAGUCCCUUUGCAUGUUGCUCAGUGCUAGAUAGUGUUCAAUUUUUUCUUAGUGUCAUUCUUUGUUCUUUAGUAGCUGUGUGGCAUAAACAUUGGUGAAGAUAGUGAAAUAUUCUGAAUUUCUAUAUGUCAGGCAGCUUUCUAAAGUACAGGAGCACUACUAGAAAACAAGGGACUAUCUAAAUAGAAACGACAGUGAAUUGUUGGACUUAAAAGAAUUAGUGAGAAAUCACACCCCUUGGUUGGCAUUUGCGGUUUGAAAAUUGUAAUUCCAGGAGUCUGAAGAUUAAGUGUCAUAUUUGGCUCUGUGUUCUGCAUGUUUGCAAAUGAGUAUACAUCUGAGAAGCACAUAGUAAUAUAUUAGUAAUUUUCCAUCAGGAAUUCACUUGUUAUGAAUGAUGUUAUUUCACUACAAGUGAAAUGUUUUAGUUUAAUUAAAAAUCAGCUUCUAGGAUGAAGUGAGUGAAGUUGGCUAGUUUGGGUGAUGGAAGCAAUUCUCAAAGCAAUUGUUUGCUUCAGCAUGUAAAACAUUUCUCCAACAGUUGAUAAGAUUUGUAAUUCUUGCCUGUGAAAUCUCCUGCGUUUACAUUUGUAUUAUAUGCAGAGGAUGUUGUAGUGGCUAGCCUGAGCCACAACAAUAUAUUAUUCAUAGGUGUCUUCCCCAGAUCACUGUUAGUCUCUUCCUGUAGCGUUAAGUAAAAAAGGGAUUCCAUAGGAAGCAUUUGAAAUAACAUGCAGCAGUAACAGAUAUGAAGCUAAACCUCAUGUAUUUGGAAAUUCAAGAAAACACACAGAUUAUUUAUGUAGAAUUGUUGCUCACUAAUUAUCAUGAAUAGAUGUAUAACUAAAACAACAGCAUACUCUUGAAAGAGUAUGGUACAUGCUUAUGGUGUUUGCAGGUUUAAAAAGUGGUAUAUUUUAAAAUAAGUUUUAAAACCAUGUUUCUCAGCUAAUCAGGGAUGUCUUUGUUACUGUUUUAGAAGACAGUCUCACUGAUUCAUGUCAUUCUGCAAAAGCCCCUUUCCAAAACAAGUUGAAUGAAGUUGGAUUUUCUAGUUUAUGAUGUUAAUAACAUUAAAGCGUACAUAAGGAAAAUAUAUUAAUUCAAGCUGGGCUUCCACUUAAGGAUCCUUGUUUUUCAUCUAAUUGAUUAUAAUAAUGCUGUUAAAAUUAUACUAAUAAUGUUCUGUAAGGACCGUAUAUAUUAAUUUUACUGGACUGUUAAUUAGAAAACAAGAUUACAGUGUUUAAUCUGCUUAAUAUUUUCGAACAUUUUCAAUGACUAAAAAAAUAUUCCUGGUACAGCAGGAUAAUAAUAUGUGUACUUAUACAAAGUGUUGACCCUUUUUAAAGGGAAUGGUUUCUCUCACAGGAUGAAUGGCUUCUGUAAGUUGCCUGCUGUGACAUGUGUAGAUUAUCUUUUUUAAUUUUUCAGAAUGUUUAAUAUACUAACUGUUUCAGAAAUAUUUUGCCCAUAUGAAAAUGUAAUUGGUCCACCAAAACUCAUGGUCAGUUUCUUGUGUUAGCUGCUAUCUGUGGUUUUUUUAAAAAAAUGCCUAUAUUGAUUAGUUCUCUGAAUUUUGGUAAGGUACAUUUGGACUGUUUGAAAGCAGAAGUGCCUUUGUUGCCUAAUAAAUUUGAGUUCCUGGAAGUUUAUGUACGAUUAGAAAUUCCCAAUCACAGCAGAUGACAGCACCUUGCCAAUCUAGGCUGAUCUUGAAAAAGCUAAGCAGGGUUGAAUGGGUUAGUAUCCCAAGAUUAUAGACUAGACAAAAAAUCCAACAAACCAUCCCCCUUUCACCAAGCUUCAUACUGUUGCCAUAUAGUCAUUAGGAGUCAAGCUUCACUUCAGAGAGACUUUAAAACUCCCAUCUUUUUUACGUGUGCGUAAAAUAUAAUUGUGUAUUGCUAGUCCCUUACUCAUUGUUUAGCACAAUAUAUGAUAGAGCUUAGACAUGGUUAGGUUCUAUUUCUACAGACAAAACAAGAAGGAAUUGCAAGAUGCUAUGUGUAUCAUUGAGGGUCAUCAUUGCUAGAUCAACGAGGUCAAGAUUCUGAUUAUAUAUAAUUCAGAGGCAGCUAAAAAUUGUUCUGGAGUUCUGGGGCUGAUAUUCUAUCAGUUUAUGUUUAUUUGGAUAGCAAAGGGACUUGUCUUAACAAUGCUAUAACAUUUACUGUAACAACUGGUUUCACUUUUAGUUAUAUGCUUAUUUCUAGGCCUCAUAUAGCUGAAUUCCACAGUUAAUAUAGGACUGUGUGGAUAAAAAACGGGCCGUGCUUCCAAUGUAUGGUAUUUCAUGAACUUACUCUCUGGAUUUCCAGACCACUACUAAAUGUUAAAGGUUGACAUAUUGUCAAAGCACUAAAUCCAGUUCCAAUUCCAUUGUAAUGUAAUUCAUUUUUAACUGUGUUUGAGCAAACAAUGUUUUUUUUCCCCUAAAAUACAUAAAUAUUUCUUUGGUGUGUUUGUUCAAUAAUUGGGUCAGAAACAACAUCCUCUACUUUGUAUUAUGAAAUGUGGGUAGGUCAUAAUUAAUUACCAGAACCUGUAACUAUUGCAAGAUGAAUUCCUUGUCAAAUGAAUGUGGACCACCUUCAAAACACCUGGAGAUCUAUGAAUAAUGACAGUACAUUUUGGCCUGGUCAGAUCCCUAGACUGCAAUAGCUUGAAAAUAGCUAAUGUCGUCCCACCUUUUUUCAAAGUAGACUUUUUCCAUGAAGUUAAAUAUUCAUAAUAUUCAGCAUCAAAUUUCAUGUCACAAUAAAGCCUAAAUAUAUCUAGCUGCAAGUAAGUCAGGAAAUAAGAUAACUUUUUUGCUAUAUGUAGACCCAAGAUCUUAACAGAAAUACAUAAUAACAUUCUAAUAAAGCCUGUAGAGGUUGAUGUUCAGUUAAAUUCAGAGGAUAAAAUAAAUGUCCAAUGGUAUUUUUGAAAGUCUGGUAAAUUACAUCUCUUUCUUGAAGAAAUAGUCUCAACUUAGCCAAUGAAAUCCUUGGUCUUGCCAUAUACAUUUUCUUGAA